AUGUAUCCUCUCUACCUGUAUUAUUAUUCCUACCAAUUACCACUCCUUAUAAUUUUUCAUUUUUUAAAUAUUUUUCCAUUUUCGCUUACUCAAUGUCCACCAUUGCAAUCACCUUGCCGUUGUGCACCAUCUAUUCACGAGCCUAUCGCUAUUAUUUGUGAAAAUGCAUCUACUUUAUCCGAUGUAUUAACUGCCAUAACGGAAGCACGAAGUGUUACAAUAGCUGUUCUCCAUAUAACAAAUACCGUAAUUCCAAGCCUUCCAGCCUCUACAUUUCAUGAUUUUACGAUUUCACGACUAGUGCUAAAUCGAUGCAAUCUAAAUCAAAUAGAUGAUAAUGCAUUUGCUGGAGCAAGUCUUGAUAAGUUGGUCGACUUGGACCUUUCCGAUAAUCAGCUAGGUGCAAUACCAGCAACUGGUGUUCCACGUUUAACUAAUCUCAGGAAACUAUCCCUGAAUCGAAAUCGCAUUAGUAAACUGCAUUCUAAUUCAUUCAUAAACUAUAAAUCACGAGAUGUACUGCAGAAAUUGGAAUUAGCUGGAAAUCGACUUACGGAUCAAACUCUUGAUGAUUCACUUAUUUUCAGACCAUUACGUUCCUUGCAACAACUAAGCCUGGAAACUAAUGCAUUGAAUAUCAUCCCAUCUGCCUCAUUAGUUAAUCAGCGAGAGACAUUGAUUAAUCUGAAUUUAGGUUUGAAUCAAAUUAAUGAAGUUCCUGUUGGUACCUUAGAUUUUCCAAAUCUUAAUUCACUUUCACUUGAAUUUAAUGGCAUUUCACAAAUCAUUCCGCAAGCAUUUCAAGGAAUUCCUAAUCUGCAACAUUUAUAUCUUACUGGUAACAAAUUUCCUUCCUGGAAACCUGAAAUGUUCACAUUCGUCCCACAUUUGCUAACCUUAGGUAUUGGUGAAACUCCAAUUGCCGUGAUACCAUCAAACGCUUUUCAGUAUAUAUCUAAGUUAAUACGUUUGGAAAUGUCCGAAGCAGCUGUUGAUACAAUUGAGCGAGGUGUUUUUCAGAGAACACCAAAUAUUCAAGCAAUUAUUCUGAAUAAAAAUCGUCUUUCUGUGAUACGAUCCGACUACUUUAAAGGUUUGGAUCAUUUGUAUUCAGUGAAUCUAGGCGGCAAUCGCAUUGAUACUUCGGAACCACUCGCUUUUGCAAAUCUUCCACAAAUGAAUCAUCUUGAUAUCAGUUUCAAUCAGCUCCAAACGCUACCAGAUAACACAUUUACAAAUUCAUUUUUACCGGCUCCGAAUGAACGGCGUAUUAUGUACGUAUGUGGCAAUCCUUGGUUAUGUGAUUCAGCUUUGGAGUGGUUUCGGACUUAUCUCCGAGAAAAUGUUGAUAUUGACAUCGAUAAACCUGGAUGCACUACUGCUUGUAUCGAUAAUAUUAACGGUUGUCCCUCAGUUGGUACUCCGUUACGAGCUGUGGAUCACUGUCCUGCCAACGACCUACCUCUUCCAUUAACCGGCAAUGCGCUAUCAUUCGUUGGCUGGAUUAUUUUAGCUGUCAUAAUGACAAUUUUAUUGAUCACUAUAUGUUUAAUGACACUAGUCCGCUAUGGAAUAUCACUUAGAAGGAAAAAAAUGAAGGAUCAAGAAGCGCUGGAAAACGAACAGAGGAUUAUGUCCAUAACAGGAAGUGGUGUGCCAUCAGUAAUAACUCAAUCUUAUUUGCCGCCGCCAACAGUAGAUCUCGAUUUACCUCCAGCUCACAGUUUAGAUGAAACACCAACUAACUACUUGUAUUAA